CUCAAUCGGCACUCAUUGCGUAAAUAAUGGCAGAGCUCCACAGACGUCGACAGGAGAUCGGCGACAGAACCUUGUCACCUGAGGGAUCCUCAUCCAGAACCGAGAGCGCCGCAUCCGGUGACAGCUCCACGGUAUUUGUGAAACUGUUGGCUGCGGGAUUUUACGGAGUCAGUUCAUUUCUCAUCGUUGUUGUCAACAAAAGCGUCCUCACCAGCUACAGAUUUCCAUCGUCAACAUGUGUCGGAAUCGGCCAGAUGCUGGCUACAAUUGUAGUUCUGAGGAUUGGGAAGCUGUUGGGCGUUAUCUCGUUUCCAGAUAUGGAUCUGAGUAUACCACGCAAGAUGUUUCCACUGCCUCUGCUGUAUGUUGGCAAUCAAAUAUCAGGGCUUUUUGGGACACAACGACUCAAUUUACCUAUGUUUACAGUUUUGAGAAGGUUCAGUAUUUGUCUUACCAUGGUGUUUGAGGGACUCUUGCUUAAAAAGACGUUCUCUACACCGGUUAAGCUCACAGUGUUUACUAUGAUCUUUGGUGCUUUUAUUGCUGCCAGUGAUGAUUUAGCCUUUGACCUUGAAGGAUACAUAUUCAUAAUGCUGAACAAUGUUCUGACAGCAGCCAGCGGGGCGUACGUGAAGCAGAAACUUGAUUCCAAGGAGCUGGGCAAAUAUGGGCUCCUCUACUACAAUGCUUUAAUCAUGGUUUUUCCUACUGUGGCAUACGCUUGGUUCUCAGGGGAUUUGCAUACGGGGUUGGAGUAUAAUGGAUGGUCUGAUCCACUGUUUGUUGUGCAGUUUGUGCUCUCCUGUGUCAUGGGCUUUAUUUUAAUGUACUCCAUCAUGCUGUGCACGCAGCACAACUCAGCGCUUACCACUUCCAUCGUGGGCUGUAUUAAGAAUAUCCUUGUGACCUACAUCGGAAUGGCGUUUGGUGGAGACUACAUAUUCACCUGGACUAACUUCAUAGGUCUGAACAUCAGCAUUGCUGGGAGCCUGGUGUACUCACAUAUCAUUUUCACACAGGAGCAAACAAAAAAGGCAUAAACCACGUCGACAACCAGUCACGACCCGUCACUGAAGAACUGCGCACAUCCAGGCCUCAUUUCAUACGGUCUGUGAACCGUAUGUGGAGACAUCGAUUUUAAAACAUGCUGUUGAAAUGUUUUAUAAACAUUUAUUAAGUAUUUUCUGUAUUUUGUCAGCACAUUUUGUCUGUAAUCACAAAAAGGACUUUUCUGAGACACAAUUAUAAUUUUUUAUGUAAAUAAUUUUAGUGCCUUAACUUUUUAUAAUUAUAUUUCACUGAUUAAAUAUAAACAUGUAGGCAUUUAAUAUUCAAGAAAUCAAUAAAAUUAAAGGACAGAU